UGCCACUCAUUUGACGAGAAAUCACAAAGCAGCACAGAGGUGGAAGAGUUUGCAUUCUCGAAAGUGGAUGAUGUAUCAGCCAUCAAUUCUGGGUAGAAGAAAACAUUCAUUGAAACCAUGGAUGAUUGCCCUUAUUACUACAGCUGUUGUGUUGGUUCUAGCAGUAAUCAUCGGUCUCCCUGUUUAUUUUUUGGUAUUUGAUCAGAAGGUUCAUUAUUACCAAACUUCCUUCCAGAUCCCUAGCAUUAAAUAUAAUCCUGAUUUUUCAGUGGAACAUUCAAAAAAUAGGACAGACCUGAAACAAAAAAUCAGUAAUGAGAUAGAUGAGAUAUUUCAAAGAUCCAGUUUAAAUCAUCAUUACCUCAAGUCUCAUGUUUUCAAUGUUAGGCCAAGUAAUAAUGGUUUGAAAAUAAACGUAUUGCUCAAAUUUCAGUUUACCUCUAACAAUGCAGACACAAUAAAAAGAGAAGCUGAGAGCAUUUUGCAUCAGAAGUUGAAAUUAAAUGAAAGCUUCUUGAAGAUAGAUACUUCAUUGCCCUAUCUUAAAGAUAUGAAUAAUGUACAAGCAGAGCACAUCCUGAACAGCUGUUGCGGUUUAGGGAGGGAGUUCCCAUCCAUGGAAAGAAUUGCCGAUGGUAGUGUUGCAAAGAAAGCUGAUUGGCCUUGGCAAGCCAGCCUGCAGGUUGACGGCAUCCAUUUCUGUGGAGCCACGUUGAUUAGUGAGGUGUGGCUCCUGACUGCUGCUCAUUGCUUUGAAUCCUACAAAAACCCCAAACGCUGGACGGCUAGCUUUGGAACAACUCUAAGCCCCCCACUGAUGAGACAAGAGGUGCAGUCGGUUGUCAUUCAUGAAGACUAUGCUGCCCAUAAGCAUGACGAUGACAUCGCUGUGGUGAAGCUCUCCACCCCUGUCGUAUUUUCAGAUGAGGUGCACAGAGUCUGUCUCCCGGAUGCUACUUUUGAAGCCUUGCCUAAGAGCAAAGUGUUUGUCACUGGAUGGGGAGCUCUAAAAGCAAAUGGUCCCUUUCCCAAUACUCUGAGAGAAGUUGAAGUAGAGAUCAUAAGUAAUGAUAUAUGUAAUCAAGUUCAUGUAUAUGGUGGAGCUGUAUCAUCAGGAAUGAUAUGUGCUGGAUUCUUGAAAGGAAAACUAGAUGCCUGUGAAGGUGAUUCUGGGGGACCUCUGGUUAUAGCACAUGAUGGAAACAUCUGGUAUCUUAUCGGAAUAGUAAGCUGGGGAAUGGACUGUGGAAAAGAAAACAAGCCUGGAGUCUAUACCAAAGUGACUCAUUAUCGGGACUGGAUUAAGUCUAAAACUGGCAUCUAAUAUAAUAACCACCUCUACAUCCAAAAUGCAAAUUCCAUGUGUGGCCUCUGGCAAAUCAUGUUUAGUAUGUGCUGCUAUGUAUAUUGUCAUCAAAUUCAAGAUGCAAAUAAGCCUGAUCUGACAGCUCUCCUCUAACAUGUGAGGAAAGAAGGCUUUCUUUCACAUCACCUGAUGUGUCUCACUGACCACAAGCAUAUACCAUAGUGUCAACUCCAGUAAGAUCUGCCGUUGCUGCUAAGUGCCUCUGAUUGCCUCCUGGCUCAUCUUUUGGUUUCUACUACACACUUUCCAUUUUAGAAAAAUCCAGCAGUGUAAUCAGAUGAGUACCAGCUGGCUAAGUAUUCGUUCUUUUUUUUCCUGACACAGCAUACUGCCCUUCCCUGACUUCAUAGUUUUUAGCUUCCUCCUCAAAUAAUCCUCACUAAGAAUCUGUAGAUUCACUACACCAGACAAAUCCAGGUGAUUCAUUUUGGCUGACACUAAUGCAAAUGAUGGAGAGGCAUUAGACAUGAAACCAGGACUCAGGAGAUGGCACUGCAAGAGUCCUUUCCCCUUUGCCCUCAGAUGUUCAUUUAACCUCUUUCUGAAACUUGGAAAAUCUUAACAUUUAAAUUUACACCCAACAGUGCAUAUUUUAAACUCUUUAAACAACUACACUAAUGUUCGGUUUAGAAUAAUGAAUAAAUCCUUGGAUCGGAUAGUAGGAGAACUGGAAAUACUGCCUGGGACAGGAUUUUGUUUCAAACUAUGUAAAAAUAACUUUUGAUAUUCAGAAAAUAAAAGCAGUUCCUUGGCCUUUUCGUCAGGUGGGGAAUGAGAAGAGGCAAGGACUUAGUGAGAGAAGUUACUUUCCAGCUCUAAAAAAUGGAAAAUGUUCCACUUCUGGUCUAACUGUACUUUUCACUUCUGUUUAAUUACUUACUAAUGCAGUUCAUUUCUUAAACCAUUUUAUUUUCAACUUCAGAAUACUUAAGGGACUCACAGAAUGAGAUGCCAGUAUAAAUUAUGUAUUCAUAAAUAUAUGAGAAGUCAACGGAAAAUUAGAAAUUCAUUCAGUUUGAUAUGAGUUUGGGAAAGACUUUAUUGUAUAAUAUUUAAAUUUACUGUUACAAAUGGUAGUCAUUCUUUGAAGAAUUGUAUUUAUAAAGAAUAUUCAAAUAAGAAAGCAUCUUUGGAUGGUUUAAUAAUGAUAUAGUCAUUUUAUGUAUAUUUAAAUGCAUAUUUUGUGCCACUGUACAUGACUAGUGUUGAGCAAAACAAACUUUUCUUGUGCAUCUGAAUUUUAUUUGGCUCCCCCUCCUAUUACAAUUAAUUUAGUUAAUUAAAUAACUGUCAUGUGAAGACUUUUUGAGUUUUAUAUCAAGUAAGAGUCUU